UUCAAUGUUUUGCCAACAAGUCUGCAACAAGCGUGAAAUAUGGAAUAUACAAAUUCUGAACUCAUCCGAUUAAUUAUAUCGCAAUUUGUUUCUAGGAAUUAGUUUAAAAUGCAGUGCACUGGAAGAAAAUGAGAGUGGGCAGCAUCUUCAAAUGCAGUUUGAAAUGUCAUCAUCAUUUGGAUCAGUCUCCGACUUAUCCUACCAAGACCGCAAAACAUCCAUUGUGGAUGAUCUUCUCUUUGAGAUCUAUGAUCGGUGGCAUGAUGGACGCCAUGACAGUUUUGAGAGCGACACAUUUACUGAAUGUUCCAGCACGUCGGAGGUGUAUCAUUGGCGAAGGAAUUCUUUUCAACUGGAGAAUGACAACAAACACUCCACCCGGAUCCUCCCCUCUGUUCUACAAACACAAAGUGUUGAUCAAUUGAAGAAGACCGUAGAGGAACUACAACAUCGGAUUAAUUUUGUGUCGUCUCGAUUAGUCCGUCAGCUGAAGAGAAGAGAUAGGAGAGUCGCUAAGCUCCAGCACAACUCGGACCUGGUAACGGCCAUACUGCAGGCCUCAUCACAGAAGAGAAGAAUCGACACCAGGAUCCGAUUUAGUUUGGAGCCCCUGCCCGGAGCCAGUGCCUUUGACCAAUGGAAGGACGCUAUGAGGGCCGUGGCCAGACUGCCUCAUGGGAUACCUGACAGCUUCAGGAAAAAGGUUUGGCUGAGCCUGGCUGAUAAUUACAUAAGGGAGCAGAGCAUUGAUUGGACGAAGACUCUCCGAUUUGCGUUUAAUGACCGCAGUAAUCCAGAUGACGACUCCCUUGGGAUUCAAAUCGUCAAGGACUUGCACAGAACAGGAUGUAGUGGAUUUAGUGGACAGGAAAAUGAUGAAGACCGAUCGGUACUGAAGAGGGUGCUGCUGGGAUACGCGAGAUGGAACAAGAGCGUUGGGUAUUGUCAGGGCUUCAACGUUAUAGCGGCCAUGUUACUGGAAGUGAUGGACAGAAAGGAAGACGAUGCCUUAAAGGUGAUGAUUUACCUGAUUGACCAUGUGUUACCUGAGGGUUACUAUGCUCACAAUCUGAGGGCCCUGUCAGUUGACAUGGCGGUAUUCCGUGACCUUUUGAGGGUGACCUUUCCUAAGCUCUCAAAACACCUAGACCACCUUCAGAGUGCUGCCCAGGACAAAACCACAGGUGCCAACUAUGAGCCCCCUCUGACAAAUGUGUUUACAAUGCAGUGGUUCCUGACCCUUUUUGCCACCUGUCUGCCAAAACAUAUAGUACUGAGGGUGUGGGACUCAAUUUUACUGGAGGGCUCAGAGAUCUUACUCAGAACAGCUCUGGCAAUCUGGGGUAAACUCACUAAGAGGAUUUUGUCUGCAAGUAGUGCAGAUGAGUUCUACUCUUUGAUGGGUACACUCACUCAGGAAACUAUGGAUGGACGAAUCUUUAAUGCUGAUCUCUUAAUCAAGUUCAUAUAUGCAUGUGCACCAUUGCCUAUGCAACAAUUGCCAGAACUCCGAGAGAAAUAUACCUAUAACAUAAGACCCUUCACCAGUGCUUCAAACACCAACAAGAGGUCAGGGGCCAACAACAUGUUGCCUAGUGAUGAGGAUGACCUCGAUGAAGAUGACCUUGAAGCCAUCAGUUGUUUUACUGGCAUUAUGCCAGCAAGUGGGAUUAGUAAAGGAAAAGGUUCUGAUCUUGACCCUAACAGCAGCACAGCAGACAUUUCAAUGGUGGGGCCUGGGGCAUAUGGAAUGGGUGGAGACUCAAAUCAAUCUAACAACUCCUCAGUGUAUCUGGAGAGGAUGUGUACAGACAUAGGCUCACUGAAGAAGCAGUACAGCAAGCUCAAACAAAGACAGACACAGGCUCAUGUCAUUAUAGCAGCUGCCUCAGCCAAACAACAGGCCAAAGUGAAAGCUUUAACUCCAAAAAUGGAACCACCAAGAGCCAUUAAUCAUCUGUUUGUUAGCAAGGCAAUGCUUCCUAACGUUAAUCAUGCCAGAAACAGGGGUGGAAAAGUCAUGAUGGUUCCCCAAUUUCUGCAAAAGGAACAGAAAACUCCAAAUAAAUAUGUUCAAGAGAUAGUCAACACAAAACAGAACAGUACAGAAACGUCAGUGAAUUCUGAGAAAUGUGCCAGUAUUGAAAAUAAUGUAAUGGAUAAUCAGUCAGGAAAGACCUCCGAGAUUAUUAAAGAGGAAAAGGAAGAGGAAAGCGGAAAAGGGGUGGAAAAUUCUGUUUGUGAAAAGGAAAGUAGGGCAACUUCAGAUGGAGUUAAUGGACUUGUGUCUAAAGAGGAAGGUGGUGCCAAUCAAAAUGAAGAUGAAAGAAUUGCCAGUUGUUCAGAACAGAAAAUCGGGGUGCAAGAAAAUAAGGAUAUACACAAUGACUGUGAAAAUUCUAUUGAGGAAGAUGGAAGUGUGCAGAACCUGGACCGUCAGAUCUCAGUGGAGUCAAGUGAUUGUAGUGUGGAGGAUUUCAAUGAGAAUUGUAUCCAGAGGAGGGAUAGGGGAUACAUGGAGCCAGAUUCUGACGAGGAGGAGUUAAUGAGGGAGAUCGAGGAUAUGAUCCAGGCGUGUUCCAGUCAGCUGGCACAAGACAGUGAAGAGGAGGAGGAGGAGGAUCAAACAGAAAACUCGCAGGAGGAUCCAAGUGAAAAAUCUCCGAAAAAUGAGAAGCUGGAAAGCAGAAGGAUGGAACUUCCUCUACGAAGCAUUUCUCAGGAUUCUGUAAGUGAAGAUGAAAAGUCUGUUUACUCUGGACAGAGUUUUGAGAAACAAGUGAGGAGGACUAGUUAUGGAUCCAAUUCCAGAGCUAUCACCAUGUCACAGAGUUUAAGCUUAGCUCAGUAUGCACACUCAAAACGCAAAAUGUCCAGUUGUAGUGUGGAGUCUAGUGCUUCCAAACCUUUGACUGACUCAGAUUCUGGUUCGGUUUUCAGUCCUGAUGACUCAGAGUCUCCGAGAUUUUUUCCUGGUGAUAACAUGAGCCCAACGGCCGGAAAGUCUGUGUCCUGGUCCAGUGACGUUAAAUCUCCUAGUCACUCUCAGAACCCACUCUGUGCAAUAAAGAAACCUUUCAAUCCCUUUCCCGUGAGGCAUAUCAAUGAGAAUCGUGCCAAGACUGGAAUCAAACUGGGACUAUAUAAAACUUCAACAUUUAAAGAGUUGGAGAAGCAAUCUAAACGACCCACAUUGUGGAGCAAAUAGGUUUAUACAUGUAUAAUAUGCUCUAUUUUUUAGUAUGCAGUAUUUAGAAAUAUUUCAAAAGUAUGUGAGAAUUCUCCAAGAAUGUUGUUGUUUUUGAAAAGGGAGAUAACUAAGGCUUCUGUUUUUCAUUUUUAGACAUAAAGUGGCUAUUAUGUGCAAUUUGAAAUUUAAAGUUUGUUUAAUGUUUUCAAGCUCAAUUAUUUAUGUAUUGUUCUUUGUUUUUCUUUAUUGAAUUAUAAUAUAGUACAUGUAGUAUAUUGAAAAAAGAAAUCCAUUUACUUCUUUGGUGUUGGGAUGGAAUUUUUGGGGUUUUUUUUCCCUUGUGAACUGUAAAAUAAAUUUUCAUAACUAUAUUUUUCAAGUGAAACAGGGGGGCUUGACACUUUGGAUACACACUGGGGACCAGUCUGUCCAGACAGUUUACCAGCCCUUGAGGGUAAGGGGGCAUGUAUUUACAAUGUAUUUAUUUAAUGUGCUACCUCAAUCUACAGAGUUUUUAAAUUAUUCUUCAUGUUCUUGCUGGGUCCACUAUUAGAUACAUUAUGACAGAAUUUUAAGUGCUGCAUAGUAAAAGUCAUAAUAAUGUACAUUGUGUAACUUUUUAAUACAACUCUCUACGUCUCAAAGAACAUGUACAGAUAUAUAUCUUCAGUGACUAGUCAUAGUUCAGAAUCUCUGCAUUAUAAUUAUGGUAUCAAACAGUUUUUAAUGUUUCAGCAUAUUUACAUUAAGCUUGAUUCUUUUAUUUGGAAUUCACCUCUUGAAAUAACGUUAUUUUUCCGAAAACUCAAUCCAGUGUGUGAAUCUCAUUACAAUAUUUAUCAUUGUAAGCCUAUUGGUAUUAUAUAUGUUCUAAUUAACUUAAAAAGGUUGAACAAUGUCUAUCCAUUUGUUUAACUGCUGUUGUAAUUAAGUUUACUACGAUUGAACCUAUGUAAACCCCUCAGUUUUGAUCUCAUACAGUGUUUUUGUCUGACAUGGACGACGAAUUCUCAUUCCUUUGUGGUGAUUUAAAGUUUUGUUUGUAGUAUUUUUUUUGACAUUAAUUAUUCUAUAAGCUAUAGUUUACUUUUCUUUCCUUUGGAAGAUUCCAUUUGUCAUGAUAAUUGUUUAAAAAUCUUUACUACUGAACUACUUUAGUCAAUUUUUAAGAAUUGUUCGAAAAAUGGGGAGAGAGAGAUUUGGAAUUGUUGAGCCAUACAUGUAGUAGACAGUGGCAGAUGCAUGUAUACAUGUAUCUGAAUUUAUUAUACUAUACCUUAUGUGUAUCACUAAAUUUUACUGUGAUUUUAAGCAUCACGUGAUGUUGUAAUCCAACUUUCCGUAUCACCACACUGGUUUUCUUAAUCCAUAUCACAAGUCUCUGAAACUGAUAAUGUAGUACGCAGAAAUAAGUCCCUUGUUAUUAUGGUUUGUUUUAUGGAUAAAUAUUAUACAAUUGAUCUUUUAAGUUUUAUUUUGCCAUAUUUAGCUAGUUAUAAGGGGGUUUAUAAUAAAUUUAUCAUUAUAACAGUAACUUGAUCCAAAGAGCCAUAUCAAGUCUUGUUGACAGGCGCGGAUCAUCAGAUCAAACUUGACGCUUCGCGUAAAGUAAACUCGACAUGAUACGACCCUUCGGAUCAAGUUACUGUUACAAUAAUAUAUAUUGAAUAUCAAAGCAGAAAUUACCUAAUUGUUUUAUUUAAUAACAAUUUAAAAAUGAUAAUAAUAAAUGGAUAGAAAACUUGGGCAAUUUUAAACAGUUUGAAUUGAUUUACUUAAAAAUUAUUGUAGAGAGGAUUUGUUUAGUGAUAUUGCAUGCUUUAAUUAUAUGGUGAUCACCGUUGAUUGAUGGAAUGAUUGUUAUAUGAUUUCAUUACAUGCAUUAGGACUACUGUAAGUUGUAAACACUUGGAGCAUUUUAUAUAUUUUUUUGGUUAUCUAUAUCUUCUUUCUCGGUAGUUGUGCAUUAACAUUGAUGUCUAUAAACAUGUAUUAUAUAUUCUUUGUUAUAUGACAGGUGGUUGUGAAGUUUUUAAAUUCUUGAUUUUCUUGUAAAAUUAUCCAUAUUAUGAAAUCCAUUCAUGUUUUAUAAGUACAGUAAAACUGGCUAAUCUGACAAUUGUGCAAUGCGUAUCUCUGUGAAUUCCAACUUUUAUUUUCAUUCCUGUUCAUUAUUUUUCUGUGUUUUUUACUCUGUAAUCCAACCUCCUUCCAAUUCUGACACAAUAUUUAUUUCCCAAAGUAUGUCAGAUUAGACAGGCUUCACUUUAUUUGCAUCAUUUUUUUUCCUCCAUUACAUUCCUUUGUUGUAUUUUUUUCAUGUUUUAUUUUAAUCUUCUACUUUGCAAUACAUAAUUCAGUUGUUAUGAUUUUUAGCCGGGCUUAUUGCUCAAAGAGCAAUUGCCGCCUUAUGUGAUCCUGUUCAAGGCAGGAUGUUGACCCCAUAGUCGCCAUUUUAAAGUAACGUGCAAAAAUAUAGUUCUUACUUUCAACCGCUUUGGAGAUAAUACAAAC